CGUGCCAACCAUCUUGUAAACGAAGAAGAAGCUACCGCUUGCCAUAGCAUAGCAACAAGUCAAGCAAGUCAAGCAAGAGAGUUUCAGCUGAGGUGAGAGAGAAACUUCACAGAUACAAACCAAAAAAAAAAAAAAAAAAAAGACGCGGCUUAUCUCACAAUCCAAAACCUUCAAAUCGAGUUGAGAAUUUUGCAGAUCACUAAUGGAAAAAGGAGUAGCUCUUUACAUAGGUUAUGACAAUAAGAGUGCUUGCUCUCCCAUCAGCACAUGUGCUAAGAAUGUUGUCUACCUGAGUGCCCAUUUUCAAUCCCAGAUGGGCAGCAAAAUCUGUGCUGCAGUGUCACGAGGACCAUCCAAUUUGCGUUGUUUCUAUUUGUACCCUGGGCAUUCAAAAACAAACUAUGGUAGCAUGUCUGUUUCCAAGAUAUUAUCUACUCCAUCAUGUGCUAACCAAACGUUCCAUGGAAGCUGUUUCAGGUCUUACUUCUCAAAUCAAAGGGGAAACUUGCUAGUUAAAUGUUUAAGCAGUAAAGGACCUCAGAAAAGGCAUCUUGAAAUUUCAUUAGCGUGCCAAAAUUUGAAUAUGAAGCUUUUGGUGCCAAAAAAAGGAAUGCUUCCCAAAAUCAAGUGUAAUGUGGGGCCAGUAUCUUGGCCCCAGGGAUGUGCCUCUGCUGGCUUAAUUUUUGGCUUACUGGUUUGUUGUUCAAAUUCUGAACCCACACAUGCAGAGGCAUCUCACAAGGAGGGGCAUAAGGAAGAAGAAUCAUGUGUUAAAUUCUCACAUGGGAAAAAAGUCUAUACGGAUUAUUCAAUCACUGGGAUACCUGGUGAUGGGAGAUGUCUGUUCCGCUCUGUUGCUCAUGGGGCUUGUUUACGAUCAGGGAAACCAGCUCCAAAUGAAAGCUUACAAAGAGAACUAGCAGAUGAUUUACGGGCUAAAGUUGCAGAUGAGUUUAUCAAAAGAAGGGAAGAGACCGAAUGGUUUGUCGAAGGAGAUUUUGACACAUAUGUAUCACAUAUAAAGAAGCCACAUGUAUGGGGAGGUGAGCCUGAAUUGUUCCUAGCUUCACAUGUUCUCCAGAUGCCAAUUACAGUAUACAUGUACGAUGAGGAUGCUGGUGGCUUGAUAUCCAUAGCUGAGUAUGGCCAAGAGUAUGGAAAAGAAAAUCCAAUCAGAGUUCUCUACCAUGGUUUUGGUCACUAUGAUGCAUUGCAGAUGCCAAGAAAGAAGAGCGAUAGAUCACGACUUUAGUUUUCAUAUUUGAACAACAGAAGAGCGGUUGUUGUUUUGAACUAUAACCAACGAAAGUGGAUUAUAAAUUGUAUCAUUUAUUUUUUCUGCUAUAAUAAGUGGAAGAAGGAGGAUUUGAACUUUGGUUCUCCUUAUGGGGAUAGUUGGGCGAUGUCACUGAGCUAUAAGGCUCUUGGCACAUCAUCUUCUUAUUUGUAUUCUAGAUAUCAUAGUUAAAGAAAUAAUUGAAUUCACUCGAGACAAGCUGAGAAUAAGACGUUAGUUCUAAUAACAGAAUCUUUCCUAUGCAAUCUUCUUCUUUGCAGCCAGAUGUGGUUGAAUUUAGACAGCUGAAGAAGUGAAGAGAAAUAGAUUGAGUCGAAGAAUAAUUAAUAAGGAUAUGUAAGUCAGACAUGUAUGUAACUUUCAUUAAAGUUGGUGAUAUUGAUCAAAAGUUCUGGAAAA